GGCAUUCUGCUUAGAGCCUCCGAGUUGUGGGCUUCGAUUGCCUCCAAUGCUUUGACACCAAUUCACCUGGAAGAUCAACAAGAUUCCUCAAUUGCACGUGAUUUAUCGACAACGCUUUUCAGUUAUUUCGCAUCUGCGUGAUAGUGUUGUGUGUUUUGUGAUAAAUUCCUCAAAAGGAUUGGUGGAUUAUUUUUCUUUAUAAUUCAAGUGAUUUUGCAGUGUGGAAAAUUGAAGCAGCUCAAGGAAGAGGAUCACAAUGAUCAAGUGCAUAGUUUUUAUUUCAACAUUGAUGCUGGUGAAUGCCGCUUCAAAGUACUAUGAUGGGGAAAACAGGCCUUAUGAGUUUGGUUUCAACAUCGAGGGAAACCAGCAUAGGCAUGAAAAGAAGGACGAGAAUGGCAUUAUCAUGGGCGAAUUUGGCUUUAUCACAGCUGAUAACGUCUACCAUGUAACGGUUUAUGCUACAGAUGCUGAUGGACACUUCAAGAUCAUUUCAAUGAAGAAUAUCAAACUCAUGGGAGGACCCAUGGCUAAGAAUAUUGCUGCUGCAAUUGAUUCUAUGAGGUCGAAUUUUGAAUCAUCGAGUCCACAAGGCAGAGCGUACAACGAAGACACAACGACUACCCCUCAACCCUUUGUUAUCCACUCAACAGCUUCUCCUACUGCCCCCGCUGCUCCUAUUAAGGAACUUGAGACCACAACGGUCGAACCAACUACUCAAAAGGCCAGCAAUAUUCAAUCCUGUUCCAACUGCAAAAUUCCUGAACCUCCGAGACCAGCCAAUGUACCCUUCAACCAAAAUUCACUGCCUCAGCAAAUGCCUUCCCUAAUGGAAAGAUUGCGUCCUCAGGAGCCCUCAAUGAACCAAGGAAUGAAUCUCAAUUUCAUUGAUCAGAACUCCUAUAACGCAGGUCAAGGACAAGACACUUCAUCAGGAAAUCUGGGAAAUCAAGAUUCAACACAGGGAUCUCAAAGUCCUUCAAGUGGAGCAGAAAGUCCUCAAUCAAAUGACGAUAGCCCUGUUCCUCCCAGUACGAAUCUCUCUCCACCACUCACAACUUCCAUGCCAACAAACGAGGGCUAUUCUGCUGAUCUCAAUUCACUUCAAGAGGGAAGAUCUCUGGGAAAUGACGGAAAUAAUGAUCUUUCAGCGACUUUGAACCCAGAGUCAAAUGGUGAGGGAUCACUACCGGAAGACAUGCCCAUUGAGAUGGUCAUGGCAAGAUUCAAGGGUGUGGAAAUGGCCAGAAAGCAGCAGCCGGAUGAGCAGCAAUAUUAUUCUCCAGAGCAGAGAGCUGAAUCACCAGACAGUGGAUCGGUGUCUCAGGCAGAGAUGGAGCAAAUGCUGCAAGGUCUUCUCUACCUCUUCAACUACACUGCUGGAUAUCACGGACACAAUGAGCAGGGUGAUCGUGAGGGCAACAAGGAAGGUGGAUACUACGUCGUUGGACGUGAUGGUCUGAGAAGGAGUACAGAAUACAAAGCAAAUCAAUUUGGAUACCAACCUCGAUUUAAACUUGAGAGAGUGUCACCAGAAGAAACACCUAUGGAAGAGACCGAAAAGGAAGCUGGACUUAAAGGCUAUGAGUUUAAGUGGUUCUAUCUAUAAUACUAAAAUAGUUCACUAUUCAAAAAAUACUCAUGGGGUGAAAAUUCAGGAAACUUUUCGCAAAAUUUAAAUUUGAAUUUAGAAAAAAAUCUCUCAAGAAAAUUUGAUAAAUGGUCUAAAUUAUUAAUGAAAUUAUAAUAAAGAAAAAAAACAACGUUGCAAGAAUAUCGGUUACUUCGAAAAAUAAGUCGCCUUCACUGUAAAUAUUUAAAAUAUGAAGAAAUAUAUGACAUAAAAUUUAUUUUA